AUGCCGGAGUGUGCAGCAGCCAGCAGUGAGGGAGCAGAGGGCACGGUGGCGACGUCAAUGGCCGCCGCCGUGGGCGCCCGCGGCGGCGUCCGGCGCCGGCCGAACCUGUCCCUCCUGGCGGACCGCUGCGCCACCCCGCGCGCGCUUGCCGCCGUCCACGCCGCCAUGCUCGUCUCCGGCCGCCUCGCCGACGACGCCUUCGCGGCGUCCCGCCUCCUCGCCGCCUACGCGGCGCUCUCCCCUCCCGGCGGCGUGCUCCGCCUCCUCGCCUCCCUCCCCUGCGCCCCCAACUCCUUCAUGGUCAACACCACCCUCCGCGCGCUCGCCUCCUCCCCCGACCCGGCCUCCGCCCUCGGCUUCUUCUCCCUCCUCCGCCGCGACGGCUCCUUCUCUCCCGGCAGGCACACCUUCCCUUUCCUCCUCAAGGCCUCCGCCCGCCUCCCGCUCCGCGCCUCCGAGCAGCUCCACGCGCUCGCCGUCGGGCACGGGCUCGACCACGACGCCUACGUCGCCAACGGCCUCGUCCGGGCCUACUCGCUCGCGGGCCUCGUCCCCGCCGCGCGCAGGGUGUUCGACGGAUUGCCCGAGCGGAGCGCGGUGGUGUGCACCACCUUGGUCUCCGGGUACGCGCAGAACGGGAUGCACGAGGACGCCAUGUGGGCGUUCGAGGAGAUGGUCUCCGACGGGUUCGAGCCCCGCGGCGCCGCGCUGGCGUCCGUGCUGUCGGCGUGCGCGCGGUCGGGGUCGCGCGGGCUCGAGAUGGGGAGGCGCGUGCACGAGCUGAUGGAGGCGAGGGGGAUGACGGCGCCGGUGGGCGUGAUCCUCGGCACGGCGCUGGUCGACAUGUACGCCAAGACCGGGGCCAUGGAGGAGGCGAGGGCGGUGUUCGACGGGAUGCCGGAGCGGCACACGGCGACGUGGAACGCCCUGAUCACCGGGCUGGCGCACCACGGCCACGGCGAGCGCGCGCUCGCGACGUUCCAUCGGAUGCGCCGGGAGGGCGUGCCGCCGAACGCGGCCACGCUCGUCGGCGUCCUCUCGGCCUACGGCCGCACCGGCAGCGGCGCGGCGCGCCUCGACGAGGCCCGCCGCGUGUUCGCGUCCAUGGACAAGGACUUCUCGGUGGCGCCGACCAUCCAGCACUACGGCUGCAUGGUCGACCUCCUCGGCCGGAGCGGCCUCCUCGCGGAGGCCGAGGAGAUGAUCCGGGGCAUGACGACGUGCGACGCCGACACGGUGAUAUGGGGAGCACUGCUGACCGCCUGCAAGAACCACGGCGACAUCGACGUCGCCGAGCGGGCGGUGCAGGAGAUGCUGGAGCUGGACCCGACCAACCACGGCGUCUACGUCGUGCUGUCCAACAUGUACGCGGAGGCCGGGAGGUGGCAGGACGUGGACAGGCUGAGGAAGGUGAUGAAGCGGGCACGGCUGUCCAAGAUCCCCGGCUCCAGCGAGGUGGUCGGCGACGGCUGACCGCCGGCGCCAUU